AUGAGCAAUACCGACUUUCUUGGCCGUGCCAUUGACACGGUCAGGAAAGCUAUUGAGCACGACAAUGCGGGGGAGUACGAGAAGGCCUACCAAACAUACUAUUCCGCCCUUGAGCUCUUCAUGCUUGCGCUUAAAUGGGAGAAGAACCCCAAGUCGAAGGAGAUGAUCCGUGCCAAAACCGGAGAGUAUAUGGAGAGAGCGGAAAAACUGAAAAACCAUCUCGCGGGGAGUGAUAAUAGGAAGAAACCGAGUGCGGUGGGCGCAAACGGAAAGGUGGCGCAUGGAAGUGGGAAGGGAGGGAAGGACGACGAGGAUGACGAUGCCGACACGAAGAAAUUACGGGGUGCGCUUGCGGGUGCUAUACUGUCGGAGAAGCCCAACGUAAAAUGGGAUGAUGUUGCCGGUUUAGACGCGGCAAAAGAGGCCCUCAAGGAGGCGGUUAUUUUGCCUAUUAAGUUUCCGAAUCUUUUUACUGGAAGACGGCAGCCCUGGAAGGGGAUUUUACUCUAUGGUCCUCCAGGGACCGGCAAGUCAUAUCUGGCGAAGGCUGUGGCAACUGAGGCAAACAGCACAUUUUUCAGUGUGAGCAGUAGUGAUCUCGUCUCAAAAUGGAUGGGUGAGAGUGAGAGACUUGUUAAACAAUUAUUCAACAUGGCGAGAGAAAAUAAGCCCGCCAUCAUAUUCAUCGAUGAGAUUGAUGCUCUCUGUGGACCCCGUGGAGAAGGAGAAUCCGAGGCAUCUCGCCGUAUAAAAACCGAAUUACUUGUGCAAAUGGACGGUGUUGGCAAUGACACUAAAGGCGUAUUGAUCCUUGGUGCCACAAAUAUUCCAUGGCAACUAGACAUGGCUAUUCGACGACGAUUCCAGCGCAGAGUGCACAUCAGUUUACCUGACAUCGCCGCACGAAUGAAGAUGUUCAUGUUGAAUGUUGGCUCGACGCCAUGCGAACUGACACAGGCAGACUACCGGGCACUAGGCGAAAUGACGGAAGGGUAUUCUGGUAGCGAUAUCAGCAUUGCAGUGCAGGAUGCUUUAAUGCAACCUGUGAGGAAAAUCCAGUCUGCUACUCAUUAUAAGAAAGGUUAG